UCACGAUACCAUAUCUAUUUACCUUAUCUUCCAAAGCUUUUCAUCUGGUGUGUGCGCUCCUCCAUGGCUGUUCCUCUUCCACUCUCAGUCUCAACAAAUCCUCUCAUCUCCCGCCACUGUCACCGUCUCUACUCCCCUUCCACUUCAUUUAAGGGAAAUGUAAGCGUCUUAGGAGCAAACCCAUGUCACAUUCUUUCUCUGAAACUCCACCUCAAGCGUCGAUCGGGACCCCUUCUUGUGUUCAACCAAACGUCUUCUUCUUCUUCUCCUGGAUCAGAGAGGUUCCGCCUGGAUAAUCUGGGACCACAGCCCGGUUCGAGGAAGAGGGCGAAGAGGAAAGGUAGAGGUAUCUCUGCAGGACAGGGAGCUAGUUGUGGUUUCGGGAUGAGAGGGCAGAAGUCACGGUCUGGUCCUGGCAUCAUGAGAGGUUUUGAAGGAGGUCAAACUGCUCUUUAUCGCCGUCUUCCUAAACUUAGAGGAAUCGCUGGAGGUAUGCGUUCAGGAUUACCCAAGUACGUACCAGUUAAUCUCAAAGACAUUGAAACAGCUGGGUUUGAAGAUGGAGAUGAAGUGUCACUUGAGACGUUGAAGCAGAAGGGUUUGAUCAAUCCUUCUGGGAGGGAAAGGAAACUUCCUCUUAAAAUUCUGGGUACUGGAGAACUAAGCGUGAAGCUCACUUUCAAAGCUCGUGCCUUCUCAACAUCAGCAAAAGAGAAGCUUGAAGCUUCAGGUUGUACACUCACUGUGUUGCCUGGAAGAAAGAAAUGGGUGAAGCCUUCAGUUGCAAAGAACCUUGCACGAGCUGAUGAAUAUUUUGCCAAGAAGAGAGCUGCCGCAGCUGAAACAGCAGCUUCAGAACCAGCUACUUCUGCUUAGCCCUUCAGUGUUGAAAAGCUGCAGAGUUAACUUUGUUUUUACAUUGAAAGAUUUUGUAAAAUGGUAUAAAAAAUUUUGUUCAAUAAGAACCUUUUUUCAAUCUCCAACGAAAAUUUUACAGAA